UCUGGAGCGGCGGGCGGAAAUCCCUUACCUGGAGGCGAGAGGACCGAUGCCGGACCCCUUGUUGUCCUCGGUGUGCGAGGACAGCUCCGUCGCGCUCGCGGCGAAGGACCAGCGAAGCCGCGCGAGGGUCUCGGCGAGGACCGCAGGGGACGCUCUGUAGCUCCCGCACACGCCCCGCGCGUUUUGUGAUUAGCAAGUUCCGGCUUCCGUUGCAGCCGCCCAAAGUUUGCAGGAGGGAGGGCACAUUCCUGCCGCCGAGCUCUGCAACCCGGAGCUGCUUCCCAGCAAAAUUGAGCGCGGCGUGCUUAGCAAGGCGAGGAAGCCGUGCAUCCCUCUCCGUGGUGGCUCCAGGCGUCCGGCGGCAGCAGAGCCCGCGAACGAGUCUCGCGUUCCCCUUCGCCCCUCCGCCCUCACCAGAACCGCGGACGGCGGGCGUGGGCGCGAUACUGGUGGCUGCAGGAGGUUCUGCAGCUGCGCUUUCUCGCGGAUGUCGGAGCCGGUGCAUGUGCACGUGGUAAAAAAGUCAAAACAGUACAAAAAUAUAUACAGUAAAAGUGACCCCUUCUCCAGCUAAGCAUAGAGCCAAGAUGGAUGAUAUUGUGGUUGUAGCUCAGGGAUCCCAGGCCUCACGGAAUGUCAGCAAUGAUCCUGAUGUCAUCAAAUUGCAGGAGAUUCCAACCUUCCAGCCGCUUUUGAAAGGGCAGUUGAGUGGCCAGACUUCCCCAACAAAUACCAAAUUGGAGAAAUUGGAUUCUCAGCAAGUGUUACAGCUCUGCCUCCGAUAUCAGGAUCACCUGCAUCAGUGUGCAGAGGCCGUUGCUUUUGAUCAGAAUGCUUUGGUUAAACGGAUCAAAGAGAUGGAUCUGUCUGUAGAAACCCUCUUUAGCUUCAUGCAGGAGCGCCAGAAAAGAUAUGCCAAAUAUGCUGAGCAGAUCCAAAAAGUCAAUGAAAUGUCUGCCAUUCUCCGCCGCAUACAGAUGGGCAUUGACCAGACUGUGCCCCUGAUGGAAAGGCUCAACAGCAUGCUGCCCGAGAGCGAGAGAUUGGAGCCCUUCAGCAUGAAACCAGACCGAGAGCUCAAGCUGUAGAGCUGCUUCUCCCUCCUGCCAGACUGUUGUUCUGCAAAGACAGUACCUGGCACCACCACCAAUAUCUGGAGGACAUUUAGAACCAAGGUCAUACAAUACAACCAGGCUUGAAGCUGGUUGGUGGUUUUUGUAUGCCCUGAAGUGGAUGUGAAGCAGUUUGGCUGGCACGGAAAUCUUUGUCCUACCCCUUUCCUGGAUGCGUUUUCCCUGUGUGAAAUGAACCAAGUUAAUUCUCAGUGGUAACUGAAGUUGGAACAUUUGAAUGAAUAGGAAUUUUCUUCAGAACUCUGCACUGGGAAUUAUUUUUGUUUAGUUUUUUUUUUUUUUUUUUUAAUUGAGAGUGUAUGGUCUAACUAGUUAAGUGAAAACAUGGAGAGAGGGAGAAUUAUUUUAAGAAGCUCUAUCAUUAAUGCUUUCAUGAAAGUUUAUUCAGUAGGCCCUCCAGGUUAUGAGUUAUAAACAUAAAGAACUAAUUUAA